AUGGCUGACCAGGAGGUUGACGAGAUUCAAGUGGCUCUAGGCCAGCUUUUUCGCGCCUACGACUUGGAUGAGUCGGGCCUGCUGAGUCGGGAGCAGUUCAUAGCCAUCGAGAUGCGGAUCCACUAUGAGGAGGGGCAGGUCUACCGGGGUGACUCGGGCAAUGCCAAGAUGACCCUGGCUGAUCGCGACUCAAACGGCUCCCUUGACUUCGAAGAGUUCCAGGAGCGGAUGCUCACGGCCUAUCAGGAGAUGGGUAUGUCUCGAGUGGAAGUUUUAGAGCACAUGGCGCAGCAGACGAACCAGGCGCUGGAUGAGCGAGCUAGGAUGGGACCGAGGUACCAUGCCGGCAUCCGCUUCUCGCUGCGCAGAAUCUUUGCCCUCGUCGACCUCGCCAACGAUGGCCUCGUCCCCCCCGAGAACUGGGUCUCGGCCCAGAAGACGGUGGCUACGCAGGUAGGCGAUGAUCUGCAAGCCGGUUGGAUCGACGAAGCGUCCUUCCAAACCGCGGACACCAACGGCGACGGAGUCCUCGAUAUCAACGAGUUCCUAGAGGCCAGCUUCCUGAGGUUCGAGGCUGAGACGCGGCCGGUAGAGUCCAUCCUGCAGACGGUGCAGCGGAUCGAGGAGGUUCUUGCGGAGAAGAGGGAGGUAGGCUGCAAGGAGACGCCGCCGGUGACCAUCUACGUGCAGGCCGCCGAGAAGGCGCCCUUCCAGCCGCCGUCAGCCUCCUGGCAAAGCGAGCCCACAGAACCGGACGAGCCCAACGAGGCCUGGAAAGACUGCGGUGAGGUGGCCUUGCCUCUGAACCUCACCGCCGCCGAGGAUGUGAUGGCGCUCUUGCGUCUUCAUCUUCGGCUCGCGCACGACACCUGGAUUUCCGUGUUCUACCUCGGCCCUACGAAGGAAGGCGGCCGUACGACAACUCUGCUAAAGGAGCGGCCGGGAGGUGAGAGCAACACCACCGAGAUGUUGAACUACUUUUACAAGCCGAAUGCCGAGCUUAAGCUCUAUGUCAAGAACAUGCGCAAGCGACCGAGUCUGCUGCUAAAGCAGCCCCGUGCCUUUCCAGAGGAAAGGGAUGGGCUCUUCGCCCAGCGCAUUGGUGCCACCUGGGCCCUGGACUGGGAAACGCAACUGCUGGGCGUGGGGGAGGCGGUGCCCGCACGGCCGCUAGUCAUGCAAGUCGGCGACACCUUGAUCCUAGAGGUCCCACAGACGGACCAGAGCGGGGAGUACAGGUACAUGGUGAAUGUCUACAUGGACAAGACCGAUGUGCUGAGCAAGCCCGUGAACGAGGUCAUUGAGGUCAAGGCGCCGAAGAAAGGGAAGAAAGGGGGACCCGAACCGGAUCCCCUGCUGCAGCUCACCUUCGUGGCGCUGCAGGAAGGCAAGUGUGUGAUCUUCGCGGACGUGAGCUGGGAAGAUCAGGAAGAAAAGCUGUGCCUGACACACAAGCUCCUGGCCCCAGUGGCCAAGAAUACGGUGGCCAGGAUCGGACCCAUAGAGGCCGAGAUACAGAAAGCUGUCGGCGGCAAAGGGGACAAGGGUGCGCUCCAGUGGUGGACUGGCGACAAGUGGGCAGGCAAGAAGAAGAAACCUAAGAAGUGA